CGAUCAAGUGUGUUUCUAUCAACUUUACAUUCUGAAAGUCAAUCAAUAUUUUCGACCGUCUAGCUAAAAAAAAACUGUUUACUCAAAUUCACCUAUUGUAUUUGUGGUAACAACGCUGCAUGAUGGAAUCCUGCGAAACCUGCGGCCCCCUACCCACUUCUACACCCGCCGAUUCUAAUCCUUGUCCUUUACCAUGCACUAUUCCAGUCCUAGCUGACAAUGUUCCGAAAUAUCCUGUCGCUGCUUGCGAUGCCAAUCCCGCAAACCAGAACCUAUGCCAGCCGUGCGCCAACGUGUGUGUACCUGUUGUGGUACCCCCAUCCCCGGUCGUCCCAUGCAUUAGAAGAAAGGUAAAGUAUGUCCAACCGGCCAGACCGAAGUCCUUCGCUCCCAACCGCCGCUUCGUGCCUCCCGAGAUGAAAAUGGAAGACAACACCAUCUACAGAAAGUCCUACUUGCCCGUAGAGAUAGAUCGCGUUAAGAUGAUCCUACCUGAAAACCAUCUUUGCGUAGGAGACGGUAAGAUUUCACAAGAUACCGUCAAUAAGAUGUCGUACAUGCCGCACAAAGUAAAACCUCCCUGUCCCUUUUACCCGUGCGAGCACAAAUUGAUUGGAGAGGGCCCCAUGCAGGACAUAACAACUGUGAAACACGAUUAUGUCCCUAAGCCGAUCUGCAAGACCAACGCGAUCGUACCAGAUUGUAACCUGUUCACUUCCAAUUGUCCAUUGAGUGACAAAACCGUCAAUCGUUUGUCCUACAUGCCUGUCUGCGCUCCUAGAGUCAAACCGGUCAUCCCUAUCAACGCCAUCGACAAACCUUCAGGCAAGAUGAGCGACCGCACCAUUCACAAGAUGUCGUUCCUGCCAUGGGAACCAACAGCUCCGGAAGAGAUGCCAUGGGCGGAGAAACCGAAGUACGUGCCCCCCAAGCUUAAGAUGGAGGACAACACGGUGCAGAAGAUGAGCUACAUGCCACCGGGUACGUUCAUAGAUUGCGAUGAUAAUGAUCCCGAUUGCGUCGAGAGCACCGUGCAGCCCCUAUGCUCCGGACCGCAGUGCUGCAACCCCUGCUGCUGCCCAAAAGCUGCCUGCUAAAUCGAGCCUAAGAUGUGUCGUUUUGAAAUUGUUUGUGAAACCUCUACAAGACGUCUUAUACAAGAUGUGCAAUCGAUUUAUACACUGUUUUUAUUGUCUCUUUUAUUAAAAAUAAAAUGUACAUUUAUAUUUGAA